UCACACGCGCGCUCGCACGCGCACUCCCGCCGGGCCCGAGAGCCGCGCCGCCGUGCCCCGGUCCUUGCGAGCACCAUGUCUUCGCCUCCCAAAGAGAAAGUGGAGACGAGAGCUGGACACCUGCCGGCCGUGAAAGCUGGUGGAAUGCGAAUUGUUCAGAAACACCCACAUACUGGAGACACCAAAGAAGAGAAAGACAAGGAUGACCAAGAAUGGGAAAGCCCCAGCCCACCCAAACCGACCGUCUUCAUCUCUGGCGUCAUCGCCCGGGGUGACAAAGACUUCCCCCCAGCAGCCGCGCAGGUGGCCCACCAGAAGCCCCACGCCUCCAUGGACAAGCAUCCUUCCCCGAGGACGCCGCACAUCCAGCAGCCUCGCAAGUGAGCGGCGCCCAGAGCCUGGUGCCGUCACCGGCAGUGCCCCGGCUGUCCUGCGUUGGUGUCCCCCGACAGAGAGAACUG